AGGGGCCUCCGCAGGCGCGAAGGAGGUGGCGGCGGGAGAGCGUGAGGGGAGAGCUGAGGGUCCCGGCCAUGGCGGUGCAGGAGCCCCGCCCCAACCACACCAUCUACAUCAACAACCUCAACGAGAAGAUCAAGAAGGACGAGCUGAAGAAGUCCCUCUACGCCAUUUUCUCCCAGUUUGGGCAGAUUUUGGACAUUCUGGUGUCGCGCAGUCUCCGCAUGCGGGGCCAGGCCUUCGUCAUCUUCAAGGAGAUGAGCAGUGCCAGCAAUGCCCUGCGCUCCAUGCAGGGCUUCCCCUUCUACGACAAACCCAUGAGGAUCCAGUACGCCAAGACAGACUCGGACAUCAUCGCCAAGAUGAAGGGAACGUUCGUGGAGCGGGAGCGGGACCGGGAGCGGGACCGGGAACGGGAACGGAAACGGGACAAGCGCAAGGCCAAGGGCGGGGACGCGCCCGGCCCCAAAAAGGGCACCGGGGCCCAGGGGGCACAGGGCACAGUGCCUGGGAUGCCGCCGCUGGCGCAGCCGCCCCGGAUGCUGCCACACCUGGGGGGGCAACCACCCUACAUCCCCCCCCCAGGCAUGAUCCCAGCCCCAGGAAUGGCCCCAAACCCUGGGAUCCCCCCUGGAAUGGCCCCAAAUCCUGGAAUGGCCCCCAUGCCCACCCCACAGCCUCUGUCGGAGAACCCCCCGAACCACAUCCUGUUCCUGACCAACCUCCCCGAGGAGACCAAGGAGCUGAUGCUGUCCAUGCUCUUCAACCAGUUCCCGGGGUUCAAGGAGGUGCGCCUGGUGCCCGGGCGCCACGACAUCGCCUUUGUGGAGUUUGACACCGAGGUGCAGGCGGGCGCCGCCCGCGAGGCCCUGCAGGGCUUCAAGAUCACCCAGAGCAACGCCAUGAAGAUCUCCUUCGCCAAAAAGUGACCCCAAACCCUGCCCAAACAGCCCCAAACCCCGCAAAAAACGGACCUGGAAUGCCCCAAAAUCCCAGAGAAAUGCCUCAAAGCUGCCCCUCAAUAUCCCAAAACUGCCCCAAAAUGCCCCAAAUCCCUUCAAGCUGCCCCAAACUCAACUAGAAACACCCCCAAAAUCCCUCCAAACCACCCCAAAAUCCCUCAAAGCUGCCCCCAAAUAUUUUAGAAUUGCUUAAAACCAGCCCCAAACACCAAAAAUCCCAGAAAACUGCCAACAAAUCCCACAGAACCGCCCCCAAAUCCCACAGAAAUACCUGAAAAUUCCAGAAAAUUUCCCCAGAAAUGGUCCUGACCCUGCCUCAAACCUCCCACCUGCCCACACUCCCCAGGUAAGUUCAGCUCGGCCCAAAUCCUCCUUUUUUUAUCCCAACUCCUCCUUUUUUUAAAUCCCAAAUCCUUUUUUAAUCCCAAAUCCUCCUUUUUCCAACCCCAAAAUCCUUCUUUGUGCAUGCCAGAUGUGCUUUUUAGACCCCAAAUUCUCCUUUUCCCACCUCAAGUUGUCCUUUUCACACCCCAAAUCUUUUUUGCAUCCCAAAUCUCCUUUUCCCAUCCAAAAUCUUCUUUUGCAAUCCCAAAUCCCCUUUUCCCACCAAAAUCCUGACCUCACAUCCUCAAUCCCCAUCCUAAAUCCCCUUUUCCUCCCCUAAAUCUUCCUUUUCUUCCCCAAAUCUCUAUUUUCUACCCCAAAUCCCCAUUUUAGUGUUCCCCAAGUGGUUUUAGGGUUCCCGAGAGGUUUUUGGGGUUUUUCCCACCCCAGCAUUGCAUACAGGGUCUCUGCAGACAUUGCACCUGGAGCUGCCUCCACCCCAAAUGAAUCCCAAAGCAACCCCAAAUAAAUCCCAAACCGAUCCCAAAUCCCUUUUCCCAUCCCAAAUCCCUUUUUUGGGGUUCCACGGAUAUUUUAAGGGUUUUCCCAGCUUGCAGCAUUGUACCCAGGGUCUCUGCAGACAUUGCACCUGGAGCUGCCCCACCUCAAAUAAAAAUAACCCAAACCAGCCCCAAAUCCCUUUUCCCACCCCAAAUCCCAUCACUGGGGUUCCCAAGGUGUUUUUGGGGUUCCCCAGGGGUUUUUGGGGUUUUUCCCACCCCCAGCAUUGUACCCAGUGUCUCUGCAGACAUUGCACCUGGAGCUGCCCCACCCCAAAUACAUCCCAAACCAUCCCCAAAUCCCAUUUCCUAUCCCAUGUCCAGUUUUUGGGGUUCCCCAGGGGUUUUUGGGGUUUUUCCCACAUGCAGCAUUGUACCCAGGGUCUCUGCAGACAUUGCACCUGGAGCUGCCCCCACCCCAAAUAAAUCCCAAAUCAACCCCAAAUAAAUCCCAAAUGAACACUGCUGUGA